AUGCUCACAUUCAACGGCUCAGUCUUCAUGCCCUCUGUACUGACACUCAUCGGGAUUCCUGGCCUGGAAUCAGUGCAGUGUUGGAUUGGGAUUCCAUUCUGUAUCAUGUACCUCAUUGCUGUGAUUGGGAAUUCCCUAAUUUUACUUAUAAUCAAAUAUGAAACCAGCCUCCAUAAACCCAUGUACAUUUUUUUGGCCAUGUUGGGGGCCACAGACCUUGCACUCAGCACCUGUAUUCUUCCCAAAAUGUUAGGCAUCUUCUGGUUUCAUUUCUCAAAGAUAUCUUUUGAAGCUUGCCUUUUACAAAUGUGGCUAAUUCACUCAUUCCAAGGAAUUGAAUCAGGUGUCUUAUUGGCAAUGGCCCUCGAUCGCUAUGUGGCCAUCUGCCACCCUUUGAGACAUGCCAUUGUCUUCUCCCAACAACUCUUGACUCAUAUUGGAGUUGGGGUGAUGCUCAGGGCUGUCAUUCUUAUAGCACCAAGCAUAGUGCUUAUCAAAUGUCGUCUUAAACUCUUCCACACUACAGUCAUCUCCCACUCUUACUGUGAGCACUUGGCCAUUGUGAAACUGGCUUCUGAAGAUAUCCGAAUCAACAAAAUAUAUGGUCUAUUUGUUGCUUUCUCCAUCUUAGGGUUUGACAUAAUUUUUAUCACUUUGUCCUAUGUUCAAAUCUUUAUCACUGUCUUUCAACUACCCCAGAAAGAAGCACGAUUCAAAGCUUUUAAUACAUGCGUUACCCACAUAUGUGUCUUCCUCCAGUUCUAUGUCCUUGCCUUCUUUUCUUUCUUCACACAUAGGUUUGGCUCUCAUAUACCACCAUAUGUUCAUAUUCUUCUAUCAAAUCUUUACCUUUUAGUCCCACCUUUUCUUAAUCCUAUUGUCUAUGGAGUGAAGACCAAACAAAUCCGUGACCAUGUCCUGAAAAUAAUUCUCUUCAAAAAACAUUUUCAUCAGUAG